ACGGUCGUGCGACUAUACCGACGAACGCCGGCGAACAAACUUUUCACGGGACAUCGAAAAGUAUCAUUCACGUUAUCGAAUCUAACGAUACCUUAAUCGCAUUUUUGCGUGUGUCGAAUGCAAUUCGAAGGGGAUUUGUCGUGUGUUGUUCUGUUUAACAUAAUUUUGACUUUUCAACGAAAAGACUUCGGUGUUUCUUUUCAUGGAAUGUCUUAAUACGUAAAAUAUUCGAAUGGCGCCCAACGUGGGGUCGUAAAGUUAGUAUAAAAAAUGUAAAGAAGCUUUCUGCUUGAAAAUUAAAUAUUGAAGUACUUAGAAAAACCUAAAAUGUAUUCUCAACAUCAGUUAAGUUUGCUUAAUAGCGGUAAAAUAUUGUUAGCAAUACUUGUUUUGGAUUGGCUGCUAGCCGGUUCCACCGAUGCUACGACACACGAGCCGGGCUUCAGCGGGCCGAUCGCCAAUGUGACUGCGCCGCUCGGCCGGGAAGCUAUCCUGGCCUGCACUGUACACAACCUUUCCACUUACAAGGUCGCAUGGCUGAGGGUAGACACGCAGACGAUCCUCACGAUCCACACGCACGUCAUAUCGCGGAGCCGCCGCGUGGGCGUGACGCACAGCGACCACAGGGUCUGGUUCCUACACAUUAGAGAGCUGCGGGAGACCGACAGAGGGUGGUACAUGUGCCAAAUCAACACCGACCCGAUGAAGAGCCAGCUCGGAUACCUAGAUGUUGUGGUGCCUCCCGACAUAUUGGACCGCGGUACGAGUACUGACCAGACAGUGAGGGAAGGAGCCUCCGUGAGCCUCACGUGUGCUGCCACCGGCUCCCCUCAUCCUCAGAUCACGUGGAGACGAGAACAUUCCAAACCAAUCACUAUAGCAGAUGGGAUUCAAGUGUCAUCAUUAGAAGGGCCGGUCCUAAACAUAAGCAGGGUGAGCCGCCAACACGCGGGGGCGUAUCUCUGCAUCGCCUCCAACGGCGUCCCUCCCACAUUGAGCAAAAGAAUUAUGCUCACAGUUGAAUUUCCCCCAGUGAUAACGAUAAGGAACCAGCUGGUGGGCGCAGCAUUAGGGUCCGACCUGGUUCUGGAGUGUGAAACAGAAGCCUACCCCAAGCCCGUCAGCUAUUGGAGCAGAGAGAACGGGGAAAUCGUACCUGUUGGAGGCGGUCUCGAGCCGCAGAAGGUGGACAGCUCGUACCGUUCCAUGCUGCGGCUGGCCAUCCGCAGGAUCACCACUACGGACUACGGCGCCUACAAGUGCGUCUCCAAAAACUCGCUGGGUGACACCGAGGGCACCAUCAAACUAUACCCAAUGUCACCACCAGCCUUGGAAAACAAAAACGUUGUUCAGAGGAUGAACGUGAUGGCUGACAAAUCAUCGCAAAGUACUCCAUUCGGUACACAAGAUUUCAGGUUACAAGAUUACAACGGAGCGGGCUCCAAGGAUCAUCUCUGUAACGGAUUUUUGUACUCAUUAGUCAUUUUAAUCAAGAUAGCAACAUCUCGGGCUGAUGUUUUGCUUUGAGCAACUAAGAAAAUGAAUUAAUUACACCUCCCUGUACAAUCACCUCUGAAAACGACGCUUUGAUGUUGGUCUCAGACUGGAACAUAUAUUUUUAAUUCCCGUCUAUUAUUUACACGAUGUAUUUUAAGUUCGAUGAAUCGAUAUAUUUACUAGUAAAAGAGCUAUAGGUUUAAUUUUAUUGCGACGAGUAAAUAUUAUAAAGUCGUUUUAAUAAAACAUUACGUGAGAUUAAAACACUGAACGAGUCAGGAUGGUAUAAAUUCGUUAAAUUAUAUUUUCAUAAUAUUAUCAUAAAGUUUGCGAGGUUUCAGUGUGGGAUGUAAAAGAUAACAUAGUACUGAAAACAUAGAAAAUUAUUAUAGAAUUACGAAAGUAAAUUAAAAUAUUGUUACUUGAUUAAAUAAAUAAUGUGUAGCGGUAAACGUUUGGUCAAAACUAGUCAAAAUUUUGUAUAAUAACUGACGCAACAUAUCUACUAGAUCUCGAAUAAAUGUAAAUUUACCAAAGUUACUGUAGUAAUUUAAAUUGUAGAUAUUAUUUAGACUAAAUUAAAAGUAUUAAUAAAUAUAGACUGAGUUUCAUGUAAAUGCUUGUAAAUAUUACGGCUAAAAGAAAAGUUAGUGUUAUGAAUGCUUAAUUAAUUACAUUAUUGUUUCUGUGUAGGUCUAAGUCGAACCCAUCAGAAAUUGUCAAUUACA